UUGGUUAGCCUACUUGAAGCAUCCGGGAACCUCGCCAUAGUAGUAGACAUGGCGGGUAUCAACCUGGCUAAAUGACGAAAUAAAUUUUGUUUGGUAAUAUAAGAUCGUGUUAAUUUCGUAGAAAAAGUGUUGAUACUAAAAGACUAAUUAAGUUAUAUUGGAUUAGGACAAAGAUGCAGAAUGUUGGACAGUCUGAAAACCGAAAUAUCGAUAAGGUGAAUGUGCAACUUGAUGUGGUAAAAUCGUCCACUCCUCAAAGUUCGGCUUCGAGUCCGGCCAAAUCUGAAACCGAAACGUAUUCAGGAGCGCCUGCCAAAUACAUGACGGACUCUUCGGAAAGCGAGGAUGACUCUGUGUCGGAGAUCUUGCUGGCUUGUUUGUGCCUUAGCAGGCCAGACCUGUUGGCGGAGAUGGAAGAGGAAGGUGGUGGUGCAGAGCCAUCAAAGUUCCUGUUAUCCCACGAUGACCCUGAGCGGGCUGUUGAUCCAGAGAUGCAGGCUCGGCUAGAAGCUUUGCUUGAAGCAGCGGGCAUCGGCAAGCUAUCCGGUGAGGGCAAGCACCUCGCCGACCCGGAGGUGCUUCGGCGGUUGACGUCGUCGGUGUCGUGCGCGCUCGACGAGGCGGCCGCCGCGCUCACACGCAUGCGCAGCGACCAGCCACCACCACACCACCGACACCACCAUCAGGACAAAAAUUUUAGUCAACAAUGCGGGUCGAGUGCAACGGGAACAACACCUACGGUAGCGUCGUCGGUCGGCGCGGACGGCGCGCCAUCGCUAGCGGAAGCUUGUUCGGACGGCGACGUGGGCACCGUCAGAAAACUGCUCACCGAGGGCCGCUCCGUGCACGAGACUACAGAGGAAGGAGAGUCGCUACUCUCGCUCGCAUGCUCCGCGGGAUACUACGAGCUCGCGCAGGUGUUGCUAGCCAUGCACGCCAGCGUAGAGGACCGCGGCAUCAAGGGUGACUGCACCCCGCUGAUGGAGGCAGCGAGCGCGGGCCACGUGGACAUCGUGCGACUACUGAUCGCGCACCACGCCGACGUCAACGCCGUGUCGGGCUCCGGCAACACGCCGCUCAUGUACGCCUGCGCCGGCGGACACGAGGAGUGCGUGCGCGCGCUACUGGAGAGCGGCGCCAACGUCGAGGACCACAACGAGAACGGACACACGCCUCUCAUGGAGGCGGCGUCUGCGGGUCACGUGGGUGUGGCCAAGAUCCUCCUGGAGCACGGCGCGGGCAUCAACACACACUCGAACGAGUUCAAGGAGUCAGCGCUGACACUGGCGUGCUACAAGGGCCACCUGGACAUGGUCCGCUUCCUGCUGGCGGCCGGCGCCGACCGCGAGCACAAGACCGACGAGAUGCACACCGCGCUCAUGGAGGCCAGCAUGGACGGACACGUCGAGGUCGCCCGGCUACUGCUGGACUCCGGCGCACAAGUUAACAUGCCGACAGACAGUUUCGAAUCACCGCUGACUUUGGCGGCAUGCGGUGGCCAUGUUGAACUAGCAAUGUUACUUCUAGAACGAGGAGCUAAUAUUGAGGAAGUGAACGACGAAGGCUACACUCCACUCAUGGAAGCCGCUAGAGAAGGUCAUGAGGAAAUGGUGGCAUUACUACUGGGUCAGGGAGCAUCGAUCAACGCGCAAACAGAAGAAACUCAAGAGACUGCAUUAACACUGGCGUGUUGCGGCGGAUUCCUCGAAGUGGCCGACUUUCUCAUCAAGGCGGGCGCCGACGCCGAGCUAGGAGCCUCCACACCACUUAUGGAAGCUUCUCAAGAGGGACACCUUGAGCUCGUGCGGUACCUGCUGAAGGCGGGCGCGGACGUGAACGCGCAGACGCAGACGGGCGACACCGCGCUGACGUACGCGUGCGAGAACGGACACACCGACGUCGCCGACCUCCUGCUGCGGGAGGGCGCGCAGCUCGAGCACGAGAGCGAGGGCGGCCGCACGCCGCUCAUGAAGGCCUGUCGCGCCGGACACGUCUGUACUGUGCAGUUCCUCGUCGGGAAGGGUGCAGACGUAAACCGCAUGACCGCUUUGGGCGAUCACACGCCGCUUUCACUGGCUUGUGCGGGCGGACAUGUGGACGUGGUGAAGUUUCUGUUGGCGUGCGACGCGGAUCCAUUCCGCAAGCUGAAAGAUAACUCCACUAUGCUCAUCGAAGCAGCCAAGGGAGGUCAUGCAGCCGUCGUGCUUCUCCUGCUAGACUACCCGCACUCCGUCAUGUUACCGAGAGGUAACGCGACGGCGGAGGAGGCGGGCGGGCUGAGCGCGGCGCAGGCGGCGGCGCUGGGACUGGCGCACGCGGCGGCGCCGGGCGCGGGCGCGGGCGCGCUGCUGCCGGCGGAGGCGGGCGCGGGCAAGUUCUCGAAGGUGUACGUGGACGAGCGCGGGCUGGCGGCGCGCAAGAAGCCGGAGCCGGAGCCCAGCAAGCACAAGUGCACGCGCAAGCAGCGCGCCGCGCCGCCGCACUCCGACCACCACCUGCCGCCGCCGCCCGACAUACUCGACGACAACAUUUGCCACCACGCCAUGGCUAAGGUAUCACUCCCGCCGGGGUUUACGUGGAAGGAUGUUAACAAGAAAGUUAAAAUUAAAUGCCAGAUUAAAAAUAAAUGCAACCGGGACCCGCGCGACUGCCUGCCCGACGCAGACCGCAGCCUGCUCGACCUGCCCGACCCCGCAGGUCCGCCAACGCUCGCCACGUCGGCGCUGCACGCCUUGGACCUACAGUUCUGCGCUCAAGGUGUGACGACGGUGCACCCCCCCACGACGCCCCCCUACCCGCCCCCGCAGCAGUUGUUCCCAGUGCAGCAGCUCGCGACCAACCUCAACCAGCACCAACUGCAGGAGUUGCAACAACAGCAAUUCCAGCAGCUAGCUGUACAACAACAGCAACAGCACCAGCAGCAACAGCAUCAGCAGCAACAACAGAAGAAGCAGCAGCAGCAGCAGCAGCUGUACGUGCAAGAGUUGCAGCAGAGGCCUGAAGCUUUCGCGGCGCAGUUGGUGGAGGCGGCGGAGGGCGCGGGCGCGGAGGCGGCGGGCGUGGAGGCGCGCGAGCUGGGCGCCGUGCUGGCCUACCUGCAGCGCGAGGUGCCGUCGCUGGUGGCGCUGCCGCCCAACGAGCUGCGCUCGCUCGUGCUGCAGGUGAUGCAGCAGAAGUCGCACGAGAUCCUGUCGUCGAAGUGCGCGGAGGCGGAGGCGGAGCGCGGCGACGCGGACGACGACGGCCACGAGCGCCACGCGCGCAGGCUGCUGGAGGAGGCGCUGAGCGCCGACUGGCCGCGCCAGGACCACCACCAUCACCACCACCACCACCACCACCACGUCGACGUCACGGCCAGCAACGGAUGCCAGUUCAGACUACGACCGUCGUCUCCCUCGGGGAAACUCGAGAGUGGCAUAAUCCUAACGCGGGCCGACAACGACAUAUUGACAAUACCUCAAUCGUCUUCUCAACCUCAACCGCAGCAGCAACCUCACGCUCAGCCUGAUCUCCAACCACAUUUCGCACUGCCUCCACCGACGCUGCCCUAUGAAGACUAUAGGUCGGCGACGUUCGCGGCGUCCCACGCGGGCGGCACGACGGGCGGCGCGGGGCACGGCCCGCCUCACGCCGCGCACGGCCCGCCCCACGCCGCGCACGGCCCGCCGCACGCCACGCCGCAGCCCGCGCCGCACUCCAAGCGGGACCAGCACCACCACUCCACCGCCAAGAAGAAGAAUCGCUUCGCUGGCACGGGUAGAGGUUGCCGGUCGGGCGAGGCGUUCGGCACGGCGACUCCCCCCGCGCCCGCGCCGGCCGCCUACUGUGCCAUGGACGUGGACGGAGAGACCGACUCCAACCAUGACACGGCGCUCACGCUGGCGUGUGCCGGGGGACACGAGGACCUCGUCGAGUUACUGCUCAGUCGGGGCGCGGAUAUCGAACACCGGGACAAGAAGGGCUUCACACCGUUAAUUCUAGCGGCGACUGCCGGUCACGAGAAAAUCGUGGAAAUUCUUUUGAACCACGGUGCAGAUAUCGAAGCACAGUCGGAGCGAACAAAAGACACUCCGCUGUCGCUGGCGUGUAGCGGCGGGCGCUACGAGGUAGUGGAGCUCAUCCUCAGCCGCGGCGCCAACAAGGAGCAUCGGAACGUCUCCGACUACACGCCCCUCUCCCUCGCCGCCAGUGGAGGAUACGUGAACAUCAUCAGAUUACUGCUCACUCAUCAGGCUGAAAUCAAUUCUCGAACUGGUUCGAAACUAGGUAUUUCCCCUCUUAUGUUGGCUGCUAUGAACGGGCACACGGCGGCCGUGCGCCUUUUGUUGGAUUGCGGCUCCGAUAUCAACGCGCAGAUAGAGACCAACCGGAACACCGCUCUCACCCUCGCCUGCUUCCAAGGUCGGCACGAGGUGGUGAGCCUGCUCCUGGACCGCAAGGCCAACGUGGAGCACCGCGCCAAGACGGGGCUGACGCCGCUCAUGGAGGCGGCCAGCGGCGGCUACGUGGAGGUGGGCCGCGUGCUGCUGGACAAGGGCGCCGACGUCAACGCGCCGCCCGUGCCGUCCUCGCGCGACACCGCGCUCACCAUCGCCGCCGACAAGGGACACACCAAGUUCGUGGAGCUGCUGCUGCAGAGGCGAGCAGCGGUUGAAGUUAAAAACAAAAAAGGCAACUCUCCCCUAUGGUUGGCGGCAAACGGAGGACAUCUCGCGGUGGUCGAGAUGUUGUACGCUGCCGGCGCAGACAUUGACUCACAGGACAAUAGAAAAGUAUCAUGCUUAAUGGCUGCAUUCCGCAAAGGCCAUACUAAAGUGGUUAAAUGGAUGGUUGGCGUAGUAACGCAAUUCCCCUCAGAUCAAGAAAUGACAAGGUACAUCUGUACAAUCUCGGACAAGGAACUACUGGAGAAGUGCCAGGAGUGCGUGCGAGUGAUCCGCGCGGCCAAGGAGACGCAGGCGGCGCGCGCCAACCAGAACGCCACCAUCCUGCUCGAGGAACUCGACGCCGAGCGCUGCCGCGAGGAGUCGCGCCGCCAGGCCGCUGCGAGGCGUCGCGAGCGGAAGAAGAAGAAGAAACUAGAAAAGAAGGAAGAACGGCGUAAGCUGCAAGCUGAAAAUGACAAGAACUCUAUGUAUUGUGACAAGGCUCUGGGCGAGUGCUCCGAGGGCGGGGAACCAGACGACGAACCCGUAGCCAAGGAAGAAGGAGACUCAGGCAUUGAUGCAAACUCACAGGGUUCCUGUUCGUCUUCCGAUGUAAAAGCUCCGCCAGUUCAAACUACUAAGUCUAAAAAGAAAAAGAAAGAAGAGAAGGCAGCUCCCGCUCCACCUGCACCACCUGCCAAGAAACAACCAGAUAAAAGCAAACCUAAAAUAGAGCCAAAACCUGAGAAAGAAAGUACCCCGAAACCUGACAAGAAGCAGGAGAAAGAGAACGUAGCUCCGAGCUCUCCCCCCGCCACCCCAGUAAAGCCCACGCCGCCGCCUGAACGACGCCCGGCUGACAAGAAGGACAACAAAAAACCUGAAGAGGAAAGCCCUAAGAGCAUUACAGUACAGAAUGUUAACAAAUAUGGGAAUAACUCUAGAAAGAGUCAAGUAUUCGAAUCCACUAGGCACAUUGUGGAAAAAGACGAUCUUGACACAAGCGACAAAAAUAAAAAGACGCACAACAUGCAUCAAUGGGAGACGGAAGGCAAGAGCACGUCUCCCAAAGGCGGUUGCGUCGGCGGACGGCGCGAAGAGGGCUGGAAGGAGGUCGUACGCAAGUCCAGUGUACAAACGCUCUCUACUGUGGAACCUGGUUGCAAGAAAGUGUCAGUGGCGUCCCACGCAAUCUCUCGAGUUAUUGGGCGUGCAGGAAGUAACAUCAACGCCAUUAGAUCUGCUACGGGCGCUCAUAUUGAAGUGGACAAGCAGAGCAAAGGACAGGGCGAGCGUAUCAUCACUAUUAAGGGCUCAGCGGAAGCGACUAAACAAGCCGGUAUGUUAAUCGCGGCGAUGAUCCGCGACCCCGAGGCGGACAUUGUACAACUACUGCCGCGCGCCACUGCCAAGCCAGCGCCGCAGCCCUUACCGCUGCAGCCCAAGACGCCCAAGCAGCCACCGCCCAAGCAGGCCGCCAGCAGCUGCAGUAGCGCGGCCAGCAGCCGGGCGCCGGCCGCCGCGCGCGCGCCCGCCAAGCUGCACGUCCGGCCCGCGCCGCCGCGCCUCUCUCACUCGGUGACGAGUACGGAGAAGCGCGUAGCGACUUCGAGUGGGUCGGCAGUGAGCACGACGGGGCCCGGCAAGGGAACCGGCGCGCUUUCUUACACCGGCGCCAUCGUCGGCGCGCGCACGCAUACCUUCGCCGCCAAGCUCACCGCCGCGCCCGCGCCCGCGCCUGCGCCUCCCCCGCCUGUCGACGGCAAACCCAGGCCGCCGCCACAGCCCGCGAGCGGCCCGAGCAGUAGCCCGGGCGCGGGCCCGGCCGGCAGCGCGCUGUCGCCGCAGAAGACGCGCGAGGCGUCCCCCGGCCCGGCCGCGCCCGCGCCGCCGCACAAGCCCGACGACAGCGACAAGCAGCACCGUCUGCCUGACCGCACCGUGCAGCUAAGCCCUGAUAACUCAAACUCGUGGAGUGCUAACGAGGAAGCUACAACAAACACCUCCACAGCGCUACAUAUUAAUACCACACCCCAAACGACGAGUCGCGCAGGCGGGCAGGAGUACUCGCUGUUCAAGGACGUGUCGGGCGGCGCGGCCGUGUGGGGCGCCGCCGGGGACAACCACCACAACGUCGAGCCCCCGCCGCCGCAGGUCACUCACUUCAAUAUGGUGGACGCGAGCAAGGCGCCGGGCUACCGCGGCGGCGGCGGCGCGGGCGGCGGCGUGUCGCCCUGCUCGCGGACGUCCUCGCACGGCAGCACGCCGCCGCCCGCCUACGCGCAGCCCUCCUACCACCAACCCAUGCCGCUCGGGAACCACGGCGCCCACGGUAACAACGUGAAUACAAUGGACAUGAGCGGACUUUCCCGGAAUGGACCUAUUUAUCAAGACAACUCCAGAAAUGGCCACAAUAUGAUGCAACAAGUAUCGAUGUCGAGCGGAGUGAACAUGAGUGGCGCAGCGCUGGGACUGGGCUACGUGGGCGUAGAGUCCGUGUCCAGGCUCAACCCGCGCGCGCCCGACUUCGCGCAGAGACACCCUCUCAUGCAGCAGAAGCAUAACGCACAGUUGUUCGCGGGCACUAGCAACGCGGGCAACCUGAGCGCGCUGCUGAUGUCGUACCAGCAGCAACAGGCCAUGCCGCAGUCGCCCAAACCCAUGCAGCACGCGCCGCAGCCGCACCACGCCUACCAGUCCCUACUAGAGCGCGGCGUCGGAGUGAGCUCAGGCGGCUGGGGCGAGGAAGAGGAGCGCAAGCCGCGACCCAUCGGCACCGAGCGCGCCUGGAAGCUCACCGCGGCCGAGGACUGGGGACACGCGCACGUGCACCAUCAGCUCGCCGAGCCCGAGCGCUACGGCGCCAUGGGCCACGCCGGCCACGCGCUGGACGGCGCGUACGGCGGCGUGGGCAGCGUGGGCGGCGGCGCCACGGCCGCGGCGCUGUCGCUGAUGCACGCGCUGCCGCUGCACUACCUGCCGCCCGUGGCGGCGCCCGAGCCGCCGCCGCACUGGGACCCGGCGCACGCCGCCGACAAGCAGGUACCUGGCCCGCGCCGCUACUGACGCCGCGUCCGCUGCACUCCGACCUCACCUUUGUCGCUUGUCGCCAGGCUUGGAGCAAGUGGACUCACUAGAGCCGCCCGGGGGACCCGAGGCCGCGCCGCCGCGUCCGCCCCAGCCCCACAGGAUUAUAUAUAAUUGUAACCCUUGGAAACGGUGUAGAUAUUAGUGAGAAAGAAUUAUAUUAUACAGAUUAUCUAUAUACAUAAUAGAGAAGAUGUCCUAUCGAGAAGAGAACUACUUAUACUGUACGAUCGACUGAAGUGAGCAUUAAACGAUUCAUUAUAAUGAAACUCGUGAGGGGAGUCGGAUGUAGUUUUAUUUGUUACUGCCGCUCGCCGGUCGCGACGUUACGUUUAGACGAAUUAUAGUUAUGUUAUAGUCGGCGUCGCCGUUUCAUCUGAUGUAGAUAUACGCGUAAACGAAUGUAAUAGUAGGUAGCUUGGAAUGUGAUUCCGAAGUGCCGCUGAGUGUUUUGAGUUGCCUUGCGAGCGGUCGCCGCCCGCCGUCUAUUAUACAUAUUUUACACUAUAUUAUGGCAUAAUGCGAUAUUAUUUCGAUGAUUGGUACGCUCGAAAACCAAGGCGGAAUAUUAAACAUGUAUUAAUAAAUUUGCUUGUACAUGAAGAUUAAAUAUCGAUAUAUUGAUGCACUGUAUCCACUGGUGUUUUUAAUAAUACCACCUGUUUUUCAAUAAAUUCUUUUUUUAAUAGGUUUAUUUGGGGAAUGUGUAUAUUUAUAAGUAAAUUAUUAUUGAGGACUUACUUUGUCUCGAAUAUAAUUAAAGCAAGAUAUGCGGUAAGUUCUAGGCAAAUAAACCGUUGUCAAUGUAA